CCACCACCAUCACCACCACCCCCAACCAAUCCUCGCUGAAUGUUACCAUCCCCCACUUUGUGUGAACGUCGAUGCCGCUUCUUUUUUUUCUCUCCUCCAGAAAUCAGCGAAGCGAAGCCUCGGUGAAAAGCAGCCAGCACUGAACGCAGGAGGAAAACAGUGACAACGAACCGACUCCACGGAGACAUUUUAACCGUCCGACAUCCCGACCCUCCGACAUCAGCCCGAUAACUGAUUUCCCUUGCCAUUUACCAGCUUACGUUGCCAUGAGAAUGGCCAACGGACUUCACACCGAUCAAAUCAGCUUCUUCUAUCAACCUGAAAUUGCUCAGAAUCCAAAGAGUAAGGGAAGAGUUCCUUCCAUAAUGAACCCUGUGUACAGUCCUCUCCAGCCAGGGAAUCCCUAUGGCAACCCCAAGAACAUAACAUACGCAGGCUACCCCACGGGCUACUCCGCGGCUGCCGUUCCCCAAGCGUAUGCACACAGUGUCUACCACACCGGCAAUGCGGCCUUCCCCCAAGUGCUGCUGCUGAAGCAGGGCUGGCCCCAGGCGUCUAUGGAGAUGGCGGGGGCCCAAGAGGGUCCCUAUGACCCGGCCCUGGACGCAGGCUCUGAUGGCCGACAGUACCAGGCCUCGGCCACAGCCUUCAGGUACACAGCAGGUACCCCGUACAAGGUGAACCCCAUGCAGUCGACCGGGGCACCUCCACCUUACUCCCCGUCUGCCAACCCCUACCAGAUGUACCCCAUCAGGAGUAUCUACCAGCAGAACCUCUACGCCCAGGGGGCGUACUACACGCAGCCGGUCUACGCGGCGGCCCAGCCCCACGUCAUCCACCACACCACGGUGGUGCAGCCCAACAGCCUCCCCUCCACCCUCUACCCCACGCAGGUCCCCACCGGAGCCCCCUCCCCAUCUCCCGCACCCGCCCCCCGCUCCGGUGCCUUGCCAAUGGGCAUGGUUAGCGGCACCACCAUGGCCAUGUCCACAGGCACCCUGCUGACCACACCCCAGUCCACUCAGCACAUGGGAGCCCCGUCGGUAACCAUGCCAACCUACCGGCCCCAGGGGGCCCCUGGGUACAGCUACGUGACCCCCCACUGGUAGAACCACCUGCAGCCCCCUCUCCCCCUGAUUGAUAACAUCACGUAUUGCCUCCGUGGGGAUCAGAGCCGGGCUAGGCACCAGGAACAAGCAGUGAAACUGAAGGGCCGACUUCAUGUGUUUUUUGCGUUUUGUAACCGUUUUUUUUUUUUUGUGUCAACGUUAGACUGUUUGUUUUUAUUUUAUUUUAUUUUUUUAGCCAGCUGGAUUGUGGAUUGUCUUUGUUGUAUAUGUUCAACACUCUUCGAAUCCAAACACUGGCACAUUGUACAGGUCCUCUCUUGUAUAGUUGUGGCUUCUUAACAUGUUGGUGUCUGUAUAUAUGUUCUUUGGUUCUGAAAACUGAACAAAAAGCUUAUAGCGGCCAGUCAGUUCCUUCAGCAGUGAGAAUGUAAAUAUUACUUUGAAUGCUGACGUUUUCAUAGAUCUGUUUUGUUAUGUUUUGUAAAUAGGCCCUACUUAGCUCAACCAUAACUUCCCAGUUAUUUAAUGGGAACAACAUUUCAUAAUUAGUUUGCCUUUCUGUUUGCGAAUAAGGUUGCAUUUCAACCGUGCAACCCUGUUGGGACUGUUAGACACCAGGUGUCUGUCAGUUGUAUUCUAUUCAACCCUGUUGGUUUUUGUAGAUUAUAAUAUUAUUAUUAUUUUUUUUUUAAUUUCAUGAUAUUUUUAGUUUUAGUGGAAAUAGAUUCCGCUGAAUGCUAGCACUGAUGUGGUGGACCCUCUUAUGUCGGGACACCUUCAAACAACGUUUGCAAAGCCAUGUAGAAGAUGUCAGCCUUGCACAUCACCUAUAGCGUACCAAGAAAUUAAAAACCAUAUUUAGUAACACUCGAUAUAUUCUAUAAGUGGUAUCCUUACAUGUUUCGCUGGGUGUACUGUACGUGAGAGUGAGUAGUCAGGAGUAUGUACGCACAUUCAACGCGAGGACUCGCAGUACACUUUAAGCACCGCAAGAGCGUAUAGAAAGUCCACAUAUGCACAUUUAGGCUGUACAGACGUCAUGGGGGCCUAUAUUUCACCGGGUCUGUGUACACACGUGGACACUUGUGUACGUAAGGCUUGUGCAUAUACACAAGUCAACACUUGUGUAUAAAUGCCUUAUACUAUGAGUAUAAAGGAUUGUUUUUUUUGUUGGCUUGUUCCAAGUGAGUGUGUGUGUAUGUGUGUGUGUGUUUAAUAUAUAUAUAUAUAUAUAUGUGUAUAUACAUAUAUAUAUAUAUAAUAACUGUGGAAUACAUCAAAGUAGAAUACAAAUAUGUACAGCUGAGGGCCGACAUUCUCCUUGCGUUUCGAAGUUCUUCAGUGUUUUUGUUCUGUUUUCAGUGACCACCUUAGACACACAAACACUUGGCGUUGUGUCUCAAAGGUCUCUACUUUACAUCCACCAUCAGAUCAAAGGUGGCCGUACUGUCUGUAAUUACAAAGGUAAAACUAUGAAUAUCGUCAAACACUGUUGUCACAAUGUGUCAGGGUGGGUUGUUGCUCCUCAGGCUUUGUAGCUGCAAGGUCAGACAGGCUUCGACAUGAUCCUUGAAGCUCACAAGCCAAAGGGCAGUGCUCCUCUUUGGCACACAUUUGAUUCUAUUUAAUUGUAUUCUACAGGGUAUGUGUAUGAAAAUAUACACACAUACACACAAAGGACUAUACUGGUGUUGGGUAUCGUCCUGUCCCAAACCAGGGCUUUGUGGUUGACGUCAUCAUUCAAAAAGCCUGGUCUAUGCAUAAACACGCAGGAUGCAGAGAACAAUAAACUGGGUUUGACUUUCUGAAUGCUAGUUGGUAGGGGGGUUCAGUUAUCCAGUGCAUGCGGACCUCGCAAUAUGAGCCCAGCGAUCACCUCACUAACUUGCGAUGUAAUACCUGAAUGGUUGGAUGGGUUUUCCCCCAGCCGGAAUACCACACCGCCCACCCGCCCUCUUCCUGGACACAAUGCCAGGGUGGGAUGGAAGGAAGUUUGCUCAUGGGCCACGACCAGGGGAACACGCACAUUGACUUCAGGGGUUUAGGUUCUGCUGCUUGGCGUGGGUGUGUGUGUGUGUGUGUGUGUGUGUGUGCGCGUGUGAUUUGAGUUGUGUUGCUUGACGUGGAUGUGUGUGUGUUUGAAUAGGAGUGCUAGAUUAGAAACAUUUGCACAAAGACGUAACGGUAAUCUAUGCCAUUUAGAAAGGCAACUCAUUACAUUUUGUUGGCUUCUAUUGGGUUGUAUAUGAUUUGAUUCUAGGUUCAGGACAUUAGAACUGUCCCCUCAAAGCAAGUCUGUGUACUAUUGAUAUAGUCGUCAGAGAGUAGAUAUUUUCUGGUAUUUUGGUUACUGUAAUGUCGUGAUAAUGUCAGUCCUAAUGUUUUCAUUUAAGUCCUAUUGUCCUAUUUUAGCUUAACUAAUUGAGCCGCCACCCGCUCAGUCACCAUAUCCACACUAUAGGGAAUAUCUCCACAUUUUCUCAUGAGCAUUGAACAGCUAAUGCUAAAACACAUUUGUUGGGUCAUCAUUGAAAUGAACAUACUGGGUCAAAACGUGCUUUUGGCUUUUAGCAAUAUGGUCCUGGUCUAUUUCCAGUCUACUGUUGAUACUAGGGGGUGACUUUUACCUUACUGAAACCUAUAGCAUCGGGAGCAUUUUCUCCUGCUUUCCACAUGAUGUGAAGCCAGAUGUAAUGUAAUGCAAGGCCUGGGACAAUGCACAUGACUAUUAAACAGACACCAGUCAAUGUGAAUGUUGUGUUUCAUGCUAAAUCAAGGGGGUUCAACCUUUAUUCUACAAAUAUUCUUAUGCAUAUCGUCCUUAAAUUGCUAAAAGAUAUCUGCUCUAUUAAUAAUUCCAAUUGUGGUAUUUUUGUUUUAAAAUAGGGAGAAGGCAUUGUUUUGCAAACCAUAAGAUUCGCUUUGCCAUAAUCGGCUAUUGUUAUUACCUAUAACCAUUGAUAAGGCAAAUAUUCAUGUUAAUUGCUUGCAUUUGUGACAGCACAGAUGGACAUCAUGUUAACUGUCUAUAGUCAACAUCUCCCUUGACCUUUCAACAUGUAAUCAUGUAUCCCUCCCUCCUCUCUCACACACACACACGCACACACACACACACACACACACACACACACACACACACACACACACACACACACACACACACACACACACACACACACACACACACACACACACACACACACACACACACACAUAGAAACAGACACACACACACUACACACACACAUAUAGGACACAAACUCUGAGUAAUAGUAAUAGUGGUUAAUUUACAAGGAUAUAACGCCUACUUGCAAGUAUAAGAUAAAAGUAUGGCUUGUGAUCAAGGCAUAUAGGCAUGACAUGGUGCAUUACGGCGACAUUGGUGUAUAAUGAGAUUUUGCACUUCGCACAUUCGGUUUUUCCGUCCGUUGUAGUCACAAGUAUUUCAAAGUGCAAGGAAGCUCGCUCUAAUUAUUGUCGAGUAUUGGGUAUGUCGCCAUCUAAAAAAAUAUCAUAGGUCUGUUUGUUACAUGGUUACCUUUGGUCAAACAAAAGUUGAUACUUUACAACUGUAUGUCUUCCAAAAAACAUAUGUCGCCCAAAAUUUAGUUUAGUGUGCAUCUUGUGAUACAGAAUCUACCAGCCAAUUAGUUAGACUGUAAUGCUGGCUCUUAAGAAAGCAGCUGUGACGUUGGAAUCUAUCCUAUGGUCUAUGUAUGGGUUAAGGUCAACAAGGGCACAGCCCUGCUAUUAAUGUGUGCAGAUCAACUGUAAUUGCUUUUUUUAUGUUGUAGUUCAUGAACGACGCGACAGGAAUUUGUAAACCUUAUUGUACCAUCUUUAAGAUUAAAAAAAUAUAUAUUAAAGAAAAACUUUGAGUACAAACCCA